AUGGUGACGGUAACGGACUAUAACAGUAACGGUGACGAUUACGGUAAUGGUGAUGGUAACAGUGACGAUCAUGGUAACAAUCACAGUAACGGUGACGAUAAUGGUUACGAAAACAGUGGUGGUAAAAAUAACAAUAAUUGUAACAAUGACAAUAACAAUAACGAUAAUGUGAAUGGUCACAGUAAUGAUGAUGGUAACGAUUAUGAUAACGGUAACAGUAACGAUGAUGGUAACGGUCACGACCACGGUAAUGGUGACGGUAAUGGUUACAGUGACGGUAAUGGUAACAGUAACAAUAAUAGUAAUGGUAACGAUAACGGAAAUUGUAACUGUAACGAAAACGGUGACAGUAAAAAUUAUGGUAACUAUAAAGGUAACUGUGAUAGUGACGUUAACAAUGACGGUAAAAGUAAUUGUAACGGUAACGGUAAAGGUAAUAGUAACGGUGACGGUAAUUGUAACGAUGACGAUAAUAGUAACGGUGACGGUAACGAUGAUGUUGACGAUAAUAGUGACAGUAAUGGUAAUAAUGACGGUAACGGUAACGAUGAUGAUAAUUGUAAUGGUAAAGGUGACGAUAAUGGUCAUGAUGACGAUAAAGGUCAUGGUCACGGUAAUGGUAACUGUGACGGUAACGAUGACGGUGAUGGUAACGGUGACGGUAACAGUGACGGUAACAAUGAUGGUAACACUAACGGUAACUUUAAUGGUAGCGGUGAUGAUAAUGGUGACGGUGAUGGUAAUGGUGACGGUGAUAGUAAUUGUUACGAUAACAGUAACAGUAACAGUAAUGAUGACGGUAACGAAGACAAUAAUGGUAUCGAAAACGGUGACAGUAAAGGUGACGUUAUAGGUGACAGAAACAAUGAUGGUUAUUGUAUCAGUUACGAAAAGGCUACGGUGACGAAAAUGGUAAUGGUCACUGUGACAAUAACGUUGACGGUGAGUAAUGGUAAGAGUGAUGGUGAGGGUGAUAAUAACGGUAACGAUAACAGUGAUGGUAAUGGUAUCGUGGAUGGUAACGGUAAUCGUAACGGUGACGGUAAGCACAAUAAUGAUGGUACCAGUGAUGUUGAUGAUAACAGUGAUGAUAACGAUGAUAGUAACGGUAACAAUGACAGUAACGGUAACGAUGACGGUAACGGUAAUGGUCAUGGUCACGGUAACGAUGAUGGUAACACUAAUGGUAAUGAUAACAAUAAUGAUGACGGUAACGACAACAGUGAUGGUAACAGUGAUGUUGACGAUAACGGUGAUAGUAACGGUAAUAAUGAUGGUAAUAGUAAUGAUGACGGUAACAAUCACGAUAACAGUAAUGGUAAGGGUGUCGAUAUUGGUCAUUAUGAUGGUAAUGGUGAUGGUGAAGGUAACGGUAAUGGUCAUGGUCACGGUAACGAUGAUGGUAACACUAGCGAUAAUGACAACAAUAAAGGUGAUGGUAACGACAACAGUGACGGUAACAAUGAUGUUGACGAUAACGUUGACAAUAACGGUAAUAAUGACGCUAACGGUAAUGAUGACAGUAACAAUCACGGUAAUAGUAAUGGUAAGGGUGUCAAUAAUGGUCAUUAUGACGGUAACAAUAAUGGUGACGGUAAUGGUCAUGGUCACGGUAACGGUAAUGGUAACAAUGACAAUAACAAUGAUGGUAAUGGUAACGAUGACGGUAAUGGUGACAAUAAUGAUAACAAUGACGCUAACGAUAACGAUGACGGUAACAAUAAUGGUAAGGGUGACAAUAAUGGUCAUGAUGAUGGUAACGGUGACGGUGAAGGUAACGGUAACGGUCACGGUCAUAAACGGUCACGGUAA